GAGGAGGAGAACUCCAGCAGCACUGCAGAGGGGUCAGGCAGCUCCGCUCCGGUGUACCCCUAGCCCCACCGCUGUUGCUGCUGCUGCAGUGGGGACACAGUGGCCCAGGGCCUCUCCAAGUCUCCACCAUCCUGGAGACAGCCACAUUCUCCUAAAUACCAGUCCCCCAUUCUCCGUGGGCCUGGGGAGCCGCAGGAUGGCAGCAGGCGUGGCCACAUGGCUACCGUUUGCACGGGCCGCUGCGGUGGGCUGGCUGCCCCUGGCCCAACAGCCCCUGCCCCCGGCGCCAGGGGUGAAGGCAUCUCGAGGGGAUGAAGUUCUGGUGGUGAAUGUGAGCGGCCGGCGCUUUGAGACCUGGAAGAACACGUUAGAUCGCUACCCAGACACGCUGCUGGGCAGUUCUGAGAAGGAGUUCUUCUAUGAUGCUGACUCUGGCGAGUACUUCUUUGAUCGUGAUCCGGACAUGUUCCGGCACGUGCUGAACUUCUACCGCACGGGCCGACUGCACUGCCCCAGGCAGGAGUGCAUACAGGCCUUUGAUGAAGAGCUGGCCUUCUAUGGCCUGGUGCCCGAGCUAGUGGGCGACUGCUGCCUUGAAGAGUACCGGGACCGCAAGAAAGAGAACGCUGAACGCCUGGCAGAGGACGAGGAGGCUGAGCAGACUGGGGAUGGCCCCGCUCUGCCAGGGGGUAGCUCCCUGCGGCAGCGGCUCUGGCGGGCCUUUGAGAACCCACACACAAGCACUGCAGCCCUGGUUUUCUACUAUGUGACCGGGUUUUUCAUCGCAGUGUCCGUUAUCGCCAACGUGGUAGAGACCAUCCCGUGCCGCAACCCUUCACGGCGGCUGUCGAGAGAGCAGUCCUGUGGUGACCGCUUCCCUACAGCCUUCUUCUGCAUGGACACAGCCUGUGUACUCAUAUUCACGGGAGAAUACCUCCUGAGACUCUUUGCUGCCCCCAGCCGUUGCCGCUUCCUACGGAGCGUCAUGAGCCUCAUUGAUGUGGUGGCGAUCCUUCCCUACUACAUUGGGCUUUUUGUGCCCAAGAACGAUGAUGUCUCGGGUGCCUUUGUCACCUUGCGUGUGUUCCGGGUCUUCCGCAUCUUCAAGUUCUCCAGGCACUCGCAGGGCUUGAGGAUUUUAGGCUAUACGCUCAAGAGCUGUGCCUCUGAGCUGGGCUUUCUUCUCUUUUCCCUCACCAUGGCCAUCAUCAUCUUUGCCACUGUCAUGUUCUAUGCUGAGAAGGGCACCAGCAAGACUAACUUUACGAGCAUCCCUGCUGCCUUCUGGUACACCAUUGUCACCAUGACCACACUUGGCUAUGGUGACAUGGUGCCCAGCACCAUUGCUGGCAAGAUUUUUGGGUCCAUCUGCUCACUCAGUGGCGUCUUGGUCAUUGCCCUGCCGGUGCCAGUCAUCGUAUCCAACUUUAGCCGCAUCUACCACCAGAACCAGCGUGCUGACAAGCGCCGAGCACAGCAGAAGGUGCGCUUGGCAAGGAUCCGGUUGGCAAAGAGUGGUACUACCAAUGCCUUCCUCCAGUACAAGCAGAAUGGGGGGCUAGAGGAUAACAGCAGUGGGGAUGGACAGGCACUAUGUGUCAGGAACCGUUCUGCUUUUGAACAGCAACAUCACCAUUUGUUGCACUGUCUAGAGAAGACAACGUGCCAUGAAUUCACCGAUGAAAUAACCUUCAGUGAAGCCCUGGGAGCUGUCUCACUGGGUGGCCGCACCAGCCGAAGCACCUCUGUGUCCUCUCAGCCGCUAGGGCCUGGCAGCCUGCUAUCAUCUUGCUGCCCCCGUAGGAACAAGCGCCGUGCCAUCCGGCUUGCCAACUCCACGGCUUCUGUUAGCCGUGGCAGCAUGCAGGAGCUGGACAUGUUGGCGGGGCUGCGGAGGAGCCCUGGCCCUCAGAGCCGCUCAAGCCUCAAUGCCAAGCCCCAUGACAGCCUUGACCUGAAUUGUGACAGCCGGGACUUCGUGGCCGCCAUUAUCAGUAUCCCCACCCCUCCUGCCAACACACCAGAUGAGAGUCAACCAUCUUCCCCUGGUGGUGGUGGCAGCAAUGGUGGCAGGGCUAGCAGCGCCCUCAGGAACUCCAGCCUGGGCACCCCCUGCCUCCUCCCUGAGACUGUCAAGAUCUCUUCCCUGUGAGGGGCAGGCCUCCCCAUUCAGAGGGCCCUCCUCAUUCUUGGGUACUCCUUUCCAAAGCCAUAUUUUGAGGAGGCAGAGAGGGCAGGCCUGGAGACUCCUCUGUUCUCUGCUAAGAACUAUGCAAUGGAGUUUUAUGAAAUGAUAUACUUGGGGGAAAAGUAGUCAGGGGGUUGGAAACUGCCCUCUAAACAAGAGUCCUGGUGGGAGCUGAAGCACUGGGCUUCCACAGACCCUGGCUUCCUUGCCCCAGCACCUUGGGACUGGCCCCUCUCCCCUGGCUGGCCUCCUGCAUGCUCUUUCCCCCAGGCCCUCAGAAGUAGGUAAAGCUCCUGCUGGCAUCUGAGUUCUGGCUGAUGAGAGUUGAGAUGCCCUCUUCUCUCUGGUAGGGUUAUGGGAGAUUGGGGGUUUAGAGAAGGGAACCCUCACCUCUGAUCUGGCCUCUAGGAGAGGUUCCCCCCCCCAGGCCCAGCAAUUCCUAGAUUCCAAAGCUUGAAAUGCAACCAUGGGCUUCAUGGGCUGUGGGCUCAGCAGUGACCUGCCACCCUCAGGUCUUGACCAAGGGGUCAGGCUGCCUCUCCCAACACACAGAUAGCACAAACACCACUACCCUCUUCCCUGGCUGCUGGAAAUGGGUCCCUACCAUGCUGUCUUCUGCUGGUCCCCCAGCAAAUUGUAGCAAUAGCAGCUACUGCUGUGAUAAUAUACAAAGCCUCUGACCAGUUUGCUGCAGCAUUUAAUCUGCCCUGCUCAGACGGGCCAUCUCUAAGUACUUCUCUCUUCUCCUCUGGUUUGCUUCCUUUCUGGGCUGGACUUGAGUCUGGACUGGUUAAGAUAAGAGCCUGGAGCUGGGCUGAGUUUGGAGAUCACGGGCCAAUUUCACGUUCUUGGGCAGAAGUCAGUCUAGAAGCAUCAGCGGCCGAAGCCUGGGUUGUUCCUGAACUCUGGGAGGUUCAAGAGACAGAUGCAACUUCUUGAGCACCUUCUCCCCUGCAGCUCCUUUUCACAUAAUCUCCUCUACUCCCUCUUUGGUCACCUUCCAGAACUCUGCUCGCAGGCUGAAAUCUGGCAUCUCAUGCUCCCUGUCCCCAGUACUGUCCCUGUGAAGCUGGCAGCUGACAAAGAUGUAGUUUUCAUCAGUCAAUAAAACCUGAGAGGAGAGAUGAGGACUGAACACCUCCUGACUCUGUGGGCUUGGAGCUUGGGUUGGGCUGAGGGUUUCAGAACACUUUGAUUUCAACUAUGGUAGAGCUAGGGUGGACAAAGGACCAGUCAUAUUUUGAGGAGGUACAGAGAGGCAAGUGUGGGGAGCUGGAUGGCUGGUGAUAUAUUCUGGAAGAUGAGGAUCUAGAAGAAAUGAGAGAGCUUGAAUGUAUAGCUAGCAAGACAGGUCAGGGACCCUUAAAACAUUGCCACUGGACAACAUCUACACCAGCUAUUUCAUUUACAGAUAGGGAAACCAAAACUUGAAGCAGAAGUUUUAGUUUGUUUGAUUUUUUUUUUUCAGAACCA